GGUGGGACGUGUCUCGGCGGCCAGUCGGGCCUUUAUAAAACUUUAGCCUGCCUCGAAUCGGACAAGCUCAGUUUCCACUCGGGAGUUGGACCGUGAAUAGAAUACAGAAGCAACAAUGCUGCCCCUCCUGGUGUUGACCGUGUGCCUCGGCACGGCCCUCUCUGCCCCCAGUCUGGACCCCCAGCUGGACGACCACUGGGAUCUGUGGAAGAACUGGCACAGCAGGAAGUACCACGAGAAGGAGGAGGGCUGGAGGAGGAUGGUGUGGGAGAAGAACCUGAAGAGGAUCGAAAUGCACAACCUGGAGCACUCGAUGGGCUCUCACUCCUACAGCCUGGGCAUGAACCAUUUUGGAGACAUGACCAACGAGGAGUUCAGGCAGCUGAUGAACGGCUACAAGCACAAAGCGGAGAGGAAGUUCACGGGGUCCCUGUUCAUGGAGCCAAACUUCCUGGAGGCCCCGCGCGCCGUAGACUGGAGGGAUAAGGGCUACGUCACCCCCGUCAAGGACCAGGGCCAGUGUGGCUCCUGCUGGGCCUUCAGCACCACCGGGUCCCUGGAGGGUCAGCACUUCAGGAAGACCGGCACCCUGGUGUCGCUGAGCGAGCAGAACCUGGUGGACUGCUCACGGCCCGAGGGCAACGAGGGCUGCGACGGCGGCCUGAUGGACCAGGGCUUCCAGUACGUGAAGGACAACCAGGGCCUGGACUCGGAGGAGUCGUACCCCUACGUGGGCUCGGUGAGGAACUCUAAGGACACCCUGCCGUGUCACUAUGACCCGACCUUCAACGCGGCCAACGACACCGGCUUCGUGGACGUGCCGUCCGGUAAGGAGCACGCCCUGAUGAAGGCCGUGGCCGCCGUGGGGCCCGUCUCCGUCGCCAUCGACGCCGGACACGAGUCUUUCCAGUUCUACGAGUCGGGGAUCUACUUUGAAAAGGCGUGCAGCAGCAAGGAUCUGGACCACGGCGUGCUGGUGGUGGGUUACGGCUUCGAGAGAGAGGAUGUGGACGGGAAGAAGUUCUGGAUCGUGAAGAACAGCUGGGGUGUGAAGUGGGGCGACCAGGGCUUCAUCUACAUGUCCAAAGACAGGAAGAACCACUGCGGCAUCGCCACGGCGGCCAGCUACCCGCUCGUCUGAGCGCCGCGCGGCGCCGCGGCAUUACAGCUUUGAUUUUAAUUGCAAUAUUUUUAUUUUGGAUGAAAGCCACGACGGCGGUGAGAUUGCACAAUGUUUUUAUGAGGAACACACUGUUGUUGGUUUUAGGGGAAAUUGCACCAUUUCUGUUUUUGUUUUUGUUUUUUUGGCUGGUUUUCUGCCAGUUUUUAUUUGAAUCAAAUAGAUUUUUAGUGUUUUAAUUAUGUGUACAUAUGCGUCUGCUACUUGGCGAGUGAUGGAGGAACACUCGCUUCGGUCAUUGUAAAUGAUUCUUGAUUUGUACUUUUACUGUGAUCAAUUAAAGUUGUGAAACGCUA